AUCUGAUUGUCCUGACUUUACUUUGCUUAAAAAUAUGUAAAUAAUAAGAGAUCCAGGUUCUAAAGCCAAGGAAUUAUGAUAAUAGAUUAAACUGAUAAGCUAAUUCUUAACUUUAAAGAGUUCCUCGGAAAUUAAUAUGGAGAACCUUAAUCUCUUGGACGCUUCCAAGGCUACAAUUUUUACCAAUACAGAAAAGCGAACACCGAAGAAUCAUACCAGAAACAAUUACACGGAGACUAACAGUAAAGAAACGCCUUUAUGUACUGAAAUAUUUACUAACCAAGCAUCAACAGGGAGGGAUAUGCCGAAAUAUUGCUGUGAGCUUUGUAAGAAGACCAUUUCUUCAGGAUAUGAAGUUUUCGCGGACGAACAUACAGAUAAUAGAGGAGGAAAACGCUUGUAUUGCGAAAUAUGCGGGAAAUAUUCUGUUUCUAACAUUAUAAUACACAAAAAAGCGAACCCCGAAGAAAAGUCAUACCAGUGUAAGAUAUGUGAGAAAUCUUUUAUUACUAAUUCGAAUCUUGUUAUUCAUUUACGUAGUCACACGGGAGAAAGACCUUAUUGCUGUGAUAUCUGUGGCAAAUCGUUUUCUUUUACCACCAGCCUUAUAGUUCAUAAACGUAGUCACACCGGAGAAAAGCCUUAUCGUUGUGAAGUAUGCGGCAAGUGCUUCGUCACAAACGGUUGUUUGGUGCGACACAAACGAAUACACAGCGGGGAAAGACCGUAUCGGUGUGAAACGUGUGGGAAAUGUUUCAUUGAGAAUUCUAAGCUUACAAUACACAAACGUAGUCACACCGGAGAACAUCCGUUCCAGUGUGAAUUGUGUGGGAAAUACUUUGUGUCCAGUAGUAAUUUAAUAACGCACAAACGAAUACACGGUGGAGAAAAACGUCAUUGCUGUGAGAUAUGUGGGAAAUGUUUUGUCAAUAAAAGUGAUUUAAACAGACACGAGAAAGUGCAUACGGGAGAAAACCAGUUUCACUGUGAGAUAUGCGGGAAAUCUUUCAUCGAGAAUUCCAAGCUUACCAUUCACAGGCGUAGGCACACGGGAGAAAAACCUUAUUGCUGUGAUAUCUGUGGGAAGUGUUUUGUCGGUAAAAGCGAUCUAAAAAGUCACGAACGCGUACAUACUGGUGAAAAACCUUACUGUUGCGACGUUUGUGGGAAGGCUUUUAUCCAUAAUAGUAAACUAACAACACACAGAAGAAUCCACACGGGGGAAAAACCCUAUCUCUGUAGGAUAUGUGGGAAAUCUUUCUCGGAUAAUUCUAAUUAUGUAGUCCAUAAGCGUAGUCACAUUGGAGGAAAAUCUGUCCACUGUGAAAUCUGCAGAAAAUCUUUUGUUAAUAAUUCGAAUCUUGUUAUCCACAUACGUAGUCACACUGGAGAGAGACCCUAUCGCUGUGAGAUCUGUGAGAAAUCAUUUAUCACUAACCGCCUCUUGAAAACCCACAGAGAGACGCACACUUGAGAGAAGACUUUUGAAUUUGAAACCUUGAGAAAUCUCUCUGCAAAUUUAAACUUACAGUCAGUCUAUCAACAACUGUUUAUGGAACAUUUAUUGUGGUGAAAUUUGUGGCGAAUCUAUUAUUACUAACUACCUCUUAAAAUCACACAGACAAGCUCACAUUGGAGAGAAGACUUUUGAAUUUGAAACCUGAGAAAUCUCUCUGCAGAUUUAAGCUUAUUGUCAGUCCAUCAGCAACUGCAUGUGGCGAAUCAAUUAUUACUAACUACCUCUUAAAAUCACACAGACAGGCACACAUUGGAGAGAAGACUUUUGAAUCAGAAAUGUGAGAAAUCCUGCAGAUUUAAAAUUAAAGUCAAUCCUUCAACAACUGUAUAGAGAACAUUUAUUUUGGUGAUAUAUGUAGGGAAUCAUUUCUCAUUAACUGCCCCAGAAGACUUUCAAAUCUGAAAUGCGAGAAAUCCUUCUGUAGAUUUAGACUUAUAGUCAAGUCCAUCAACAACUAUUUAGAGAUCAUUUUUGAACUCUGAUUUUAUAGUCCUCAAAUGUGCUCUCUUUUGAGAGAAAGCCUUUCACUGAAAUGUUUAGGAAAUUUUUUUAUUUGUGAAUUAUAAACUUGUAGUUGAUGACCAAAUAUACACUAAACAAAGAACACUAGAUCAGUGUGAUAUAUGUAUGCAAUCAUUCAGUAGGAACUAAAUCUAUAUUGGUAAGGAACCAUAGGACAAAAUUAUUAUGGGAGUUAUGUGGUAAUUGCUUUCUAAGUUGUUUUGGAAUCACACUUAGAAGAAGAGAGAAAGAGCUAUUCAUUGUUUGUCUUAAAUUUUGUUGGACAAACACAAUUUCAUUAAAUACGUGAUAGAAAGCAGAUGUGAAAUUUAUGUUAAAUCUUACCACUGAAGUUUGUGACUAAUUAUACUUAUUUAUAUGUAAAUAAAAAUCUUUAAAAUUUUA